GCUGACUGGCAGUGAUUUUUGUUGUUGAUUAUUGCAGAUUUCGAUAGUUUCUUUGAUUUUAGUAAGUAAAUUUACAAAUUAAAGUAAAGAAGUGUUUAUUAAUUGUAAACUUCGAAACAAUGUCACGAGAUAAAAGUGUCUGGUUUGCGGAGGAAAUUCUUUUAGACGCCAAGCUUAUUAAUUUUCAACUAGAAACAGGGGAAUGGGAUGCGGUGGAGGAAAUGUUACGUGCAGAAGCACAGUUAUCUAGAGAUGCAGAAACGGGACGAUUAAGACCUAAAAAAGCAUCAGAGUACACAUUACGAUUAAUAGCAGAAGUUCUGCACAUCAUGAGGCUGGAUGUGGAACAAGCUUCAUACAACCGCAGUACACUUGCAGUAGCUGAGCAAUGCCUCCGUUUAGUCCGCUCCUGUGCAGCUGCCGGCACCAAGAUGCAGACUUACAUCUCAAAAGAACUCUCCAUUCUUGACUCCAUGCUCAUCUUGGCCACAGAAUUUCAACAUCCAAGUGUGGAAAUACUCAAUGAGGAAUUACAAAAGAAAUUUGAAGGCUGUAUGACUGUUUUAAUACAAACUCUAGGCAACCUUGUUGUUAACAAUCCUUUUAAUCAAAUCAUGAUCUGGAACAAAUUUGAUUCAAUCAUCUUGAACUGUUUAAUUGGACAGAAUGAUAAAAUAGCUUCUGCCGCAGCUAUGAUAGUCUACAACAUACUCUUAGGUCAACCGAAUGUAUUGCCAGAUGAUGUAUCUUUACUAAAUUCACUUGCAUACAUGUACAAUAAUGGCAACAUUGAGUAUCCACAUUUAAUUAUUGAAUACCUUAUCGGUGUAGAGAAUACAUACAUUGAAAGGUUAUAUUCUAAAUUAGAUCCUGAAUGCAGAAUGCUGGUUUUAAAUCUGGCAUAUAAUAUCCUAAUGUCAACAGAGUCGCAGGAUAUAAAUGUGUCGGUUAAUUUUGUCAAGUUUAUGGCGCAUGAGUUUAAAAGCAAAUCGGAUUGCAUAUUGAAAACUGUUGAUAAAUAUGUGAACAGCAUUGAACCUCAAGAAGUUGUGUUUCUAUUAGAAAUUAUUGCCACAGCAUCCAGUAUGGAUGCAUAUAUGGAUUGUUUGCAAAAUGACACAUCUUUAUUCAUCAAUUGUGCUUUUCUUCUUCGUGCCAUUCACAAAUUAGGUAAGGAGAGUAAUAAUUUCUUUUCGUCAAUCAACAAACUUUACGAAGCUACGGGAAAGCAUUUGAUCAACGAUGAAAAUAUAUCCUCCAAUAAUGUCCCACCAGAAAUACCUCUUUGUAAAAAUGAUUCAGCCGACAACAUGCUAUCUUGUAACGAAACAACAUCCGAAUGCACUGAAUCGGAGAGCAGCGAACAAUACUUUGAAUGUAAUGAAAAUCCUCCCUUCUUUGAAAAAAUAGAUACAUUAAACGCAAUAGAUAAUUUAAAAUUCAUGGAAUCAAUGCCUGAUUCUAAAAGAAGUCCGGAUUACAAUUCAAAUGUUAAGAUCGAUAAUGAUUUGGCCAAAGGCGCCUUCAAAAGGAGUAGUUCCGUACCUAAGACUGACGAACGUAUCUCUAUGCCGACUAGAAGAAUCAGUUUAGAACAUAAAAUAGAUAUCGGUGAUGAUAACGAACCACCUUUGAUUAUGGAUUCACAAUCACCUUCUGGCAGUAUGAAUACAAUAGCGGAAGUUAUACCAGUAGGUCUUCAACCGAGAUUAGAUUUGCAAGAAGGGAGUAGAACCGAUUCUCAAGAUAGUUCACCGAAUGAUCCUCCAACUGAAAUACAUAUGCCUACUGAAACUAAAGAAGUUAAAGCAUCUCCUAGCGAAAUAUCCCCACCACUUUCAGACUCGGUACCUGAUACUGACUCACAGAAACAAUCGCCCGAUACACCGAAAGAGGUUAAGAAAAGUCAAAAUCUAUCAACGGAUUUUGAUUUGAGCGAACAAUUGCAGAAAAUCUUAGGUAUAUCAUCGGAGAAAACGCGAGGCGAUUCAACUAAUGUCGAAAAGAAAACUGAACCGGUUAAAGAAGUGAAAUUAGUGGAAGAAAAUCCUUCAGCUAAAAUACCAUCGGUUAAAAUUGAUUCACCUGAAACACAGAAAACAAGGUUGGGAGCAAUAGACAUGAACACAUCAAAGAAGACGGUUACCUCCGUGGAAACUGUGGAGCGUCACGUGGCUUUCGGCUUCAAGGCGGCGCUCGUGAGGACGCUCGCCAACCUCUGCUGGAAACACCAGGAGAACAAGAGACAGGUGCGAGAAUUGGAAGUUAUUCCCGUACUUUUAGAUUGCUGCAACAUCGAUGCACGUAAUCCUCUUAUCAUGCAAUGGGUGAUUUUCGCAGUACGCAAUUUGUGUGAAAACUGUCCGGAAAAUCAGGAGGUUAUAUCAAGAAUGACUCUCCAAGGGCCCGUAGACAACGAGUUACUCCAAGAAAUGGGCCUCACACUUCAAACGGAUUCACAAGGCAACACUAUAAAAGUAGCGCCAUUGCAACGAGCUUAAAAAUAAAUUAGAAAUACAGGCUUCUUCAUUAAUAAAAUAAAUAAACUUACGCUUCGACCAUUCAUACAAUUAUUGCAUUGUUUUCGAUCCAGCAGUUAAAAUGUUUAAUCUGGAAUGCAUAAUGCUUUAACGAC